UCAGAAAAGGAAGUUCAGAGAACCAAGGCUUGUAUCAUUCGUGUAGGAAGGAGUGACACAAUGGAGCGUCACAGGCCCACUGUCUGCGUACCGCCCCAAUGGACUUUUGGGGUGCGUCCACCUCGGCAGCCUAUAUGCCGACUAUUUUUCAGAUUGGGAAACAAUAGGCAUUUAGUCUGCUUUCAGAUACACUAGCACUACAUGCCAAAAGCGGGUGUGGCUACAGUUUCCAAUAGCCGAACCACGCAGUACCUCUGUCGAAAUGUCACAUCGAAGUUGCAAAUAGAAAUAUGGCUGAUAGUUGAAGAGGAUGACGUUCGAGUAGCUCAUACGCGGUCUUUGGGACUCGCGAUGCUGCAGCGAUUGGUGUAAAGUCGCCACUGGACAGCAGAGAACCAGGAAAUGCAAACACAGUCGAGCCAUGAGCGUGAAGUGUUUCAUCGGAAAUCGUUCCGAAAAAAAGCGAGCAGCGCUGUUGUUAUUCUCGUCGAAGUGCAGAACCCAGCGCUGUCAGAAAAUUAUCCGGUUCACUCAUCCCUCUUCAGAUACUCCGCCGCGUACAACUUGUGAAAGACGGCAGUCGCCGUCUACGGUCGACCAAGCACCCUAGUCAGGCAUGCGUAUUCACCAGGAAGCAUGUGUGGUCUCAAAAAGUUUCUUUCUAGUUGUCAAUUCAUGAAAUCCUUUGUCUGACUCAAUAUUCAGAGCCUGGUAGUCGGAAUAGAAAAGGCUGCACUCGCUCUGGAUCGCCUCUGGCUACUGAGACACUCGAUGCUUCUGAUCGAGCUACCAGAUCCGCUUGUCGAGUGCCUUGUGGGCACCAGCACACACUGUUCCAUCGAAGAACUCCAAUUUUCCACCCGCAAAUGAAGAUACAUAAGCUGUGUAUCGUUGGCACUUUUUCUAUGACAGCCAUCAAUGCUGUGUUCAUUCCAUCCGCCGACCCUCAACCGUCAAGGGUCCUUCGAUGGUUAGCGUGUAAUGCAGUGUCACACCUUGGUUACACUGAAGCUCAUACCGGGCAGCUUUUUGUUCUAGACUGUGUGUGUCCAAUCGGGUCCUCCGUUCUCAGGCACAUGUGAGCCCACUGUUAUGAUCCGUAUUCCCACAGGAACGAGUUGCUAUGGCUCCCUUCAGUGUUCGAAGCUGAAAGGCGAAAUUAGACGUUCUCUUCUACGGCUUUGGCAUACGCGAACUCACAGCAUAGAUCUUCCGUCAUGUGGUAUCCCCGCAUCCGUUAUCAACUGGAAAGACCACGCUGUCAGCGAGGCUUUUCUCACAUGGGAUCAUUAAUAAGGUGUCUCUCUUCUCCAUUCAUCUUUCCUUUUUUGCCAUCUUGUGGACAUCUUGUCCUGUUUUUGCUUACGCACACCUGGGAGCAAUAAGCCCAACAACAAAAUCGUUUCUGAACCUCAACACUCCCUUCAGCUUCCAUCCUUCCGCGCGCAGCGUCACAUUUACUUCGGAUGAGAUAACUCAUCUUCAUCCGCCCACACAGAGGCGCACAAUACCGAUGUCCAUGGCUUUCCACCUCCGCAUGACUCCUUCCCCCUCUAUGUACCAUACAGGCACACAACAACCCACACUGCAGUCCUCAACGCUUUCGAGAGCACUUUAAAAGAGAGCGAGGACGCCAUGAUUGAAGUUGCUGCUCUGGAGGCAACUGACGUCGCCUGGGACCCUUGUGGUGGGUCUGUGAUGAUGGGUAGCAACUAUGAAACAAGACACUGUCGAUGUACGGGAAUACGAGACCAUGGCAGCAAUUCGGGCACUGACCCCAGAUGCAUAUGAGACGUACCUAAAAGAGCGUGCCGUUGCCACAGUAGAUGGAAAACAAUGCAGCGACGAAUGGAGGGAAUGCCCCGCUUUCCUGUGUGGCACGCCGGCAGAGCAGGCAAAACGUGAUAUGGUGGCGGCCGACACCAGUAUCACGUCUUUGCUAGGAAAGAAUGUCGCGGCAGUAAUGGUCGAUGGUGACUGUGCGUUGUAUGUCCGCCUGCAAUUAGAGAAGGCAUGCAAAGAGAAACUGCUUCUUCUUGAGAUGACAUCGGACACGUGGGAGCAGCUUUUUGGUACGACGAUCACACUGAGUGGUACGACAGAUGACCAAAAGUGAUGCCCCGCAAAGUGUUGACUCGCAUUCUAAAGCUAAGCAACGGCCUGCAUAUGUGGAGACACUUUCAGGGCAGACGGCAGGGCUGAAUGCUACUACAGGAACACUGGAUACAAGGGUUCAGGGAUCCGCAAGAGAACGUCACUCCAGUUCUUCUCAAGUGUUGGCAGAAACACGAGCAACCGGUCUAAGUGACAGUGCUCAGGCGCUGAGGAUUGACGCAUUGAGGGCCACGAAUGUCAAGGAGGAAGCGAAGCGCAUCAUGGGUGCCUGGAAACGCUCCCGUCUUCUCCGAACGAAUAUCCCGCGCAGUGGAGUGACGUGUCG